AUGGGUGCCCUCAAGUAUGUCGAAGAGCUCCAGAAGAAGAAGCAGUCCGACCUGGUCCGCUUCCUUCUCCGUGUGCGCUGCUGGGAAUACCGUCAACUGAACGUUAUCCACCGCGCCUCCCGCCCUUCGCGCCCCGACAAGGCUCGCCGUCUGGGCUACAAGGCCAAGCAGGGCUACGUUAUCUACCGUGUCCGUGUCCGCCGUGGUGGCCGCAAGCGCCCUGCCCCCAAGGGUGCCACCUAUGGCAAGCCCACCAACCAGGGUAUCAACCAGCUCAAGUACCAGCGCUCCCUCAAGGCCACCGCCGAGGAGCGUGUCGGUCGCCGCUGCGCUAACCUGCGUGUCCUGAACUCCUACUGGAUCAACCAGGACUCCACCUACAAGUACUACGAGGUCAUCCUCGUCGACCCCCAACACAAGGCCAUCCGCAUCGACCCCCGCAUCAACUGGAUCGUCAACCCCGUCCACAAGCACCGCGAGGCCCGUGGCCUCACCGCCACCGGCAAGCGUUCCCGUGGUCUCAACAAGGGCCACCGCUACAACAAGACCACCGCCGGCCGCAGAAAGACCUGGAAGAGACACAACACCCUGUCCCUGUGGCGCUACAGGUAA